UUGUAUAUACAUAAUAUAUGUACACACGGCACGGUAUAGCAUCGUCGAUGUCACUAUUCAUUAUUGAAUAGAAAAUAAACAAGCGGUUUCCGCCAUAAUUUUCAAUGAGAUUUUAUUAGUUGACUAUUGAAGUAUUUAAAUCUAGUUGAAUUUAGUUAAUCAUGGAAAAAGAAAUAAAGGAAACAAAAGAUGCAGCAGAAAUUAUGGAUAUUAGUGGUGAAAAUACAGCUACAACUAUACUUACCACAGUUACAACUAAUAUAACAAAUGCUCCUGCCACAACAACUAUUACGAUAACAAAUGCUUCACCACCAGCAAUAAUCCCAACAGAAGAUAGUCAAGAAGUUAGAAAAGAGUUAAUUGCAGCUCCUCCAGUACCAAUUGUUCGUGUACCAGUCAAACAUUCAAAUUUAGGAAUAAGAAGCCAUGCAAUGGACAUGAGUACUAUGGUUGAACUGACAGCAUUCAGUACAUUAGGCAAGAUUGAACCUUUUUUAGUUACACUUUCAGCUAAUGCAGCCCUUGUAGUUGAUCUACAUUGCCAUCUCAGCGACAAAGAAGUUUGUGGAUAUCUAGGAGGGCAUUGGGAUAUCAAUGGUCAUAAUUUAUCUAUUCUGGGUGCUUAUCCUUGUCGAUAUACUGGAAAAGAUAAAGUUGCAGCUGCAGCAGUAGAAGCAGAAAUAUCUCGUGCCAUGGAGUGGAAAAGAAUGAUUCUUGUAGGCUGGUAUCAUUCUCAUCCACGAUCUCAUGCUUCACCAACUCUAAGAGAUGUUGAUGCACAGUUAGACUAUCAAAUUAAAAUGAAAGGACCUAGUGAUACUGGUUAUACACCUUGUGUUGGUCUUAUUUGUUCUCCAUACAACACAGAUGCUAAUUGUUAUGAAUCAAAUUUUAAUAUUUUCUGGUCAAUGCCUCCACCAGAAAACAGACCACAUGAAUAUCCUAGACCAAUGCUUCUUAGUUAUACUCUGACACAGGAACAAUAUGUAUGUCAAGAUGCAUUGGAAGAAAUUAAAAAAUGUAUAGAAUUUUAUAGGAAUGAAGGUGGUAUCGAUUUUACAACUACGUUUAAUGGUAAUACAACGUAUUUGGAAAGACUGAAGAAUUCACUGUCAUCAAAGCUGCCGGGCCGAUGUAAAACAGGUAGUUCAUACUGGGAGAUAAUAAAGGAAAUGGUUGCGCCAGGAUUUGAUGACGGCACCGAGUCUCCCUUCGCUAACAUAAAAUUCCCUCUGCUAAACGAUCCACUUUUGCAAGCUUCAUCGAACGUAUUUCUCUCGCCAUUGAGCUAUAAACCCGAAAAUUCCAUUGCGGCCGUUCAGAAGGCCUACAUGAUGCAGCAACAGCAUCUGGAGAAUUUAGCAGCCGAGAGUAAUCACAUCAAAGAUUCGAAACUGUCGUCACACAUAAUAAAUACAUCCGACGGUGUACCCACAUUUCGUGCUGGUGAAUUGACUGUUUCGUUGAAGAGUUCUAAGGACUACGAUUACAGUCCUACAGAUUUUACGAAAAUAGAGUCAAUGAAAGGUCGCACUGAGUAUCCUAUAACCGACUUGACACAAGCAAUGAAGUUUUCAGAUUUUUCGAAAUUAGCAAACUUUUCACCGUCCGAAUUGGCAAAAAUCACAGGAUUUUCACUGAACGAUUUUACUAAAGCUGCUUCCUCAUCGGCUUACGUUAGAAACAUUGCCAAUCUGUUUGGUCCUCUUGGAAAGGGUUUAUCUGACUUUUCAGACAGCAAUGACAGGAGAUCUAGUGAUUUUUCAGAUCUUACAGCUCCAUUCAAACCUCCAACAACUUCGUCACCGUCUCCCAAGGAACCAACUCGCCAAAGUCAAAUCGAUGAUUAUUCGUUAUCUAGCGAUAAGAAAAAGUCGAUGGAACCUAUGGAUAUAUCCUCUAGUUAUACCGAGGAUUUAUCAAUGUCUAGCAGUAUGCUCGAUAUGAGUAAGAAGCAGCAUGACUCUGUGGAGUCUUUGAAUUUAACGAAGAAUCGGCAAUAGCAGAGCUAAGUAAGUGCUAAAGUCCGACUCUAUCGACCCUUCGAUUUGUAAAGCAACGAAUGAAAAGCAUGACCCGGUACAACGAAUUGUGUUUUAAGAAUCGAAGCGCCGAUCAUUUCAGAAUCGGACAGCACUUCAUACAAUCUCUAAGUGAACACGGAAAAAACUUUGACAGUGACUAUAUUAUAAACGCAAGUGUGCAGGUUUUUUACGCUCAGUUAGUAUUUCUUUUCAUGACUGCUAUAGCUUUUCAUUCGCGAUGAAAUUUGUUUUUGUUUUGGUACUUACAAAUGUACGAAUUGUAAGAUAUAGAAUUCAAUCGAUUAUUUUUUGUAAUUGAUUUUUUCUUUUAGUAUUAUUUUUUUUACUUCGUUAUAGUAUUUUUUUAAUUUACAUUAUUUUAGCGUCGUUAUAACAAUCACAAGGAUCUCGCUUUUAUUAUUUUUACAAAUAAACGGUUUGUAAGCGAUUAUUUAUCUAAUUUUCAAAAGUGAAAAAUGAUAGUUUUUCAUAUCUCUUCAUAACUUUCAGCAGAUGUUUUGUUAUUUCUUUCUAUGAAAAUAUAAAUAACUGUGAUUGAUAGACAAAUAACACAAAUGUAUUUUUUCGAACAAUUCAGUUUGAUUACUCAACAUGAUAAGUCACGUCUAUAGUGUCAUUCAAUACGCAUAAUUGAUAGUUUGCUUUAAAUCACUCUGCCCAGAAAUACAUUCUGGUUUGUACAGAAUUCUUAACGAAUUUCAUAACAUAAUAAAAUAAUUAUUGUUACUGUGAAAUACAUAACUUUCAUCAAUACUUCAAGUGAUAAUAACUUAAAGAUCCGAAAGUGUAAAUUGUCCCAUAAUACAACACUCAAUAACAUAAGUUAAUGAGCUAAGAAACUAAUUAGCAUAAAUGAUUUUUAAUGCCCAUAAUUUCAACGUUAAAGAGAACUCAAGACUCAAUUGUAAAUAAGUAAAUAGACGUUAAAUUAGCGUAAUGAAAUCUUUGAUGUGUGCACAAAAGUCAUUAACAAAUGCAAUUUUUAAUAUCCAAUUUUGAAAUAUAUGGUAUUAUCUUUUAUAAAUAUCAUUACCCCUGUAAUAAUUACGAAUAAUAGUUGUACCAAACUAAACAGAGAAAUGGUGCAAGAAAUAUAUAUUAUAUCGAAUUAUGCAUUUAUGACUUGGCAUUAUGAUGAAAAAUAUCGGAAAUUUAUUUGA